AAGUAAGAUAGGGUUCGUUCACCAGCGUACUAAGCAAGCCACCUCAUUUCGUAUGCUACUGGAAGACAUGGGGGCCGUUGUGUUUCACUGCCAUAACUGACAGCGGUACAGUUGAGACUCUACUUAUAAUAAGAAAUAAAACGGAGAGCCCUUUUCAUAUCAAGCUGCCAGGUCAGGCCUGAACAUGGAGUCUAUGCUCAACAAGCUCAAAAGCACUGUCACUAAGGUGACAGCGGAUGUCACCAGUGCUGUUAUGGGCAAUCCGGUGACACGGGAGUUUGAGGUUGGACGACAUAUUGCCAGUGGGGGACCAGGCAUGUGCUGGAGGAUCUACAAUGGCACCAAAAAGUCCACCAAACAGGAAGUGGCUGUGUUUGUGUUUGAUAAGAAGAUGAUUGAUAAGUAUCAGAAAUUCGAGAAGGACCAGAUCAUCGAUUCUCUGAAAAGAGGGGUACAACAGCUGACCAGACUGCGCCACCCCCGUCUCCUGACUGUGCAGCAUCCUCUGGAAGAGUCACGAGACUGCUUGGCGUUCUGUACAGAGCCGGUGUUUGCCAGUCUGGCCAAUGUGCUGGGCCAGUGGGAAAACCUGCCCAGCCCCAUGCCCACUGACAUCAAGGAGUACAAACUCUAUGAUGUGGAGACCAAGUAUGGCUUGCUACAGAUCUCGGAGGGUUUGUCCUUUCUCCACAGUGGGGUGAAAAUGGUCCAUGGCAACUUGUGUCUUGAGAACAUUAUCCUCAACAAGAGUGGAGCCUGGAAGAUCAUGGGCUUUGACUUCAGCAUCUCCUCUGCCAACCCCUCAGAUGCUGAGCCUAAGUACACAUGUAAAGAGUGGGAGCCCAACCUCCCUCCACUCUGCCUCCCCAACCCUGAGUACCUAGCCCCUGAGUACAUCCUGUCUGUCAGCUGUGACUCCGCCUCCGAUAUGUACUCGCUGGGCGUGGUCAUGCAUGCGGUCUUCAAUGAGGGCAAACCUGUUUUCCAAGUCAACAAGCAUGACAUUUUUAAGAGCUUCAGCAGGCAGCUGGACCAGUUGAGCAGCAUGAGUCCAGCACUGCUGAACAAGAUCCCAGAAGAGGUGCGGGAGCAUGUGAAAAUGCUGCUCAGCAUCACACCCAAUGUCCGACCGGAUGCAGACCAGAUGACUAAGAUUCCAUUUUUUGACGACGUGGGUGCUGUGACCCUGCAGUACUUUGACUCCCUCUUCCAGAGGGACAAUCUACAGAAGUCCCAGUUCUACAAGGGCCUCCCCAAAGUCCUGCCCAAGCUACCAAAGAGAGUGGUGGUGUAUCGAAUCUUGCCGGCACUGACCUCUGAGUUUGUCAACCCGGACAUGGUUCCUUUCGUGCUUCCCAACGUGCUGCUGAUUGCCGAGGAGUGCACCAAGGAGGAGUAUGUUCGCCUCAUCUUGCCUGACCUCACGCCUGUUUUCAAGCAGCAAGAGCCUGUUCAGAUCCUGCUGAUAUUCCUGCAGAAGAUGGACCUACUGCUGACCAAGACUCCAGCGGAGGACAUUAAGAACAGCGUGCUGCCUAUGGUCUACAGAGCUCUGGAAGCCCCUUCUGUACAGAUCCAGGAGCUGUGUCUGAACAUUAUCCCGACGUUUGCCAACCUGAUCGACUACCCGUCCAUGAAGAACUCUCUCAUCCCUCGAAUCAAAUCAGCCUGCCUACAGACCUCCUCACUUGCUGUACGAGUGAACUCUUUGGUGUGUCUGGGGAAGAUUUUGGAAUAUCUAGACAAGUGGUUUGUCAUUGAUGAGAUCCUGCCCUUCCUACAACAGAUCCCCUCCAGAGAACCCGCCGUACUCAUGGGCAUCCUAGGAAUCUAUAAGUGCACCUUCAGCCACAAGAAGUUGGGCAUCCCCAAAGAGAACCUCGCCACCAAGAGCUUGCCCCACCUUGUCUCUCUUAGUAUAGACAGCAACCUCAACCUUAACCAGUUUAACUCGUUCAUGGUGGUUAUACGGGACAUGCUGAGUCGCAUGGAGGCUGAACAUAAGACCAAGUUGGAGCAGCUGCACGUCAUGCAGGAGCAGCAGAGGAGUAUUAACAUCUCUAACCCAGGGAACCAAUCAGAGGAGACCAAGAGUACACCUAGCACCUCCAACCAGAUUGAUGAUAUCUUUGGUAGCACAGGGGUUAAUGGAAAAGAGAAUGGAUCUGCAGCAACAGCCACACAGCCUAAUAGAAUGUCUCUGACUCUAGAGGAGAAACAGCGAUUGGCUAAGGAGCAGGAGCAAGCAGCCAAACUAAGAAACCAGCAGCCAUUAGCACCACAGACUAUCAAAUCAGCCACCUCCACCAACACAAAGACUAAGGAUCUGACAAGCAGCCUUCUCAACAACAUGACAUCUCUGAACAGCCUGUCCUUGGCCAACACAGCACGACCAGUCCCAGUGCAAGGCACCACCAUUGCCGCCUUCCCCUCCCCCAGUCCCAUGGUGGGCUCAAUGGGUGCCCCAGUCUCCAACGGCUUCAACCCACCCAUGGGCUUUCAGACAGGCGGUAUGAGUAUGGGUAUGGGCAUGCGCCCCACAGGCCCCGGCCUCUACGGCGGCAUGGCCACCACCACCAGCACCCCAAACUUUGGAGCCCUCACUCAAAAUCAAGGACCCAUUGGGCAGACAAAUAAAGCCCCUGACAUGUCAGCCUUGGACAGUCUUUUUACACCUAACCAGCCCAAAGUUACCCUCAACCAAAUGGGUCCAAAGGCUACACCCUGGCACCAACACCCAUGGCUCAACCAGUUUGGUUCAGCCCAGAACGCUCAGACUCAGAUGCACAGUGCGCCAGUAGGUAUGGGAGGAGUGUCCAGCGGGUUUGGGAUGCAAGCAAACCCUUUUUUCAGCCCACAGAACUUUUCUCAACCUGCUGCUUCCCCUAGCCUGAACCAAAGUGGAAUUAAACAUAGUGCAUCUGUCAACAAUGAUCUAAAAGACUUAUUUGGCUAAAUGUAAAAUGAAAAAAAGAUGCAAGGUUAAGUAUAUUCUUUUAAUACCUUUGAACAAAAUAGCCUUGAAUUCCCACUGAAAAAGACACUGAUUGAAUGUUAAGAUUUAAAAUCCUUUCAAGGGUGUUGCUGUCUGUUAAAAAAAAACAAAAAAACAUUCAACUUGGUUUAAACUCUGACUCUCGCUCACAUUCAGCUGUCAAAUUAACCUGCACCUGAAUUCCAUUUCUACUUGCCCAGAGGGACAAAAGGUUUGGGUGGGAACUACUUCUUCUAUGCUGUGUUCUUUAAAUGCUGGGGGUUUCCUACUGUUUUGUACUUACUACAUUCUUGGGGAGUCCAAAUAUCAUGGGUUGAGAUCAAUCCCAGCUCAGUUUAUUCAGGAAGGUUUUGUGUUCAUAUCAUGAAUGAUUGAAUGGAUGGAGUUGAUUUCACAUCCUGAACAAGUCGCAAUCGCCUCCCCACUUAAAAUUGUCAGGAAAAGAUGGGAAAAAGUGGCUUCCAUCCUUCACAUCUGCUCAGUUUCAGGCUUCUGUACCUUUUAUUGCUUCUCCGGAAUAUUGUAGGAUAUGCUGCAUUUCUAAAGUGAUCAGAGAGUUGGCUUGAAAACAAAUGCUGCAUAGACGAAAAUGUCUGAGCCCAGUAGGUGGUAGCUUGAAGUGUAGCACUGACAAGCCUUCAGUCACUGAUCUGCAUCCAGGAGGCUUCUCCGUGGACGCAAUCUGAAAGAGGAUGUAGAAAAUUGACAGCCCCACAGUUGCUGUUUAGACUGGGUAAACCAAGUAUACCCACUGCAGUCCGUCUCCAUGGUAACUGUUUCUCUGCAGUACCAGAAACAUUCAUUUUGUGGACACAAAUUAGACAAAUGACCCAGUCUGGUCUUUACUUUUUCCCCUUUUGGUCUCAUUCGUUUAUCAAAUCUACUUAAUUUGACAUCUAAGCAAACAUGUUGAAAAGGGAAGAAUUAAUUUUGUCUGAUCAAAGAUUCACCUCUUAAAGUAACAAAAAACUUGGCAGAAUGAAUGACUUAUCUGUGUCUGAUGAUAGUGGAGUAGGAUGUAUGGUGUAGCUCUUAAAGCAGUGUCCUUUUAGCAAGAUGUUAAUGCUAAAGGCAGUGAACAAGGACAAUAUGCACUGCUUAGGCUAAUGUGCCUUAGAUGGGUACAUGUGUAAAACUAGACAGACAGCACUCAUCUGUUACUUAAGUAUUAAUAUUUUCCCUUUUAAUCAGCUGUCUGGCUUUUGCUUCUCAAAUUACUUGCUUUGUUGCAUGUUAUUGAAAUUGACCACAAAAGAUCUCGUUAGAUUUUUUUUUUUCUAGCAUCUUUUCUAAUAAUGAUUCCGAAUUACAUCAGUGACCAAUGACAUUUUAUUUCACACAUGCAGCUGGAUUUGCUCUAAGGUUUUUAAGGAGCUCAAAAAUCCUCCUGUGCACCAUUUUUGUUCGUCAAUUUGUACAAUAAAGAUUUCCACUAUAUUUUGAUUUCAGCACUUUUCAUCUGGAUAUGUGCUGGUGACAUAAUAUUAUGAAGUGUAAAUAUAUAGUUAUUUAAAAAUGGAUUGCUCUGUGAGGGCCUUGGCAUUUUAAUGUCCUUGUAAUAAUGGUUAAGAGGCCUUAGAUGAGUCGUGUGCAAUAAUCCUUAUUUGGUUGUUAAGGGUGCUUAUCGAUUGGCUCAAGCUGCCGUUGAUGUGUCCUUAACUUCAUCUUUACUGACCUAGGAUAAUUACAUGGGUCUGUCAGAUUUUUUUAAACCACUUAUCAUUUAUCCGUACUGAUUCUAAAUCUUACAUUUAUGAAAGAGAAUCACACCAUUGUAGGUUUUUUAGAUGCACCUUGGUCACACUGUAUUUCUGCUGGCAAUGAUUGUUGUUAACAUGCUGAAGUGUAAUGUGUUUUUUUUUGGGUUAACUUGUUUUUGUAUAAUGCCACCUAUACAAGGUGAGCUCUCUCCAGCUGCAUGGCAGUGUUACUCGCUAGUGAAUUUGACUCAAGAGAUUCAGGUCAUUUCCCUAUUUUUGUCCUACAAGACUACAAAUGUGUCCGCAAUUUUAGCUUUUUCAUCUGUAGAUUGACAUACAGUAUGUGGCAGUUUUGAUUUCAUCAUAAAGUGGAAGUGAUCUGUGAAGUGUGUCACAUCCUGGCAGAACCCCAAAGCAGAAAACAAAGCUUUUUCUUCUAGAAGAUUAUUUGUAUACCACAACUGUCAUAUGUGUAGUGUGGCCCUUGUUUUAUGUGUUAAGGUGCUGGUUUCUGAGGUGGUUUAAUGAAAAUCUGUACAUAUAAAGGAAAGUACACAAUCUAA